GUUGGGGGUGGGGGUUCCCCGCGCGUGAGCGGCCCGCUGCCCCCUCGGCGCCUCCCGCUGCGCCGCGGCCUCUGCGCCGCUUCUGCGCCCUCCUGGCGCCCUGGUUGUGCGCGGCGCCUCGGAAGGAGCUCCGCGGGGGUGUGAGCCGCCUGCGGGCUGCCCAGCCUUCUUACUGCCUCGGCAGGGGUGGGAACUAGCCGGGCGCGGCUCUGACUGGGCGUUACUGCAGCCCUCUCCUCGGAGGAGAGUGUAAAUGAAGUGAAUGUCGUUGCCCAGCGUAGCCGUGAGCAGGGAAACGGAGGCACCUAGCGUCGGAGAGUUAUCCAGAGCCCCUCACGAAACUUGCUCUUCAUCUGAAGAUGGAAGAACCAGGGAUUGAUAAAGCAACAUCUCUAUGCAGUACUCCAAAGGAUUCUGGGACAGCAGCUCCACAGAGCACUAGUUCAGGGAAACAGCCAAUGAGUGCAGCUCUGAGGGAACGAUUAAGGAAAACAAGACGUUCGUUUAAUGCUAGUUUUACAGUGGCGAAGCGGCUCAAAGUAGACACUGAAGAAGAUUGUGCUACUUCUGACAAAGCUUCUCUGUCCGAGAAGAAUACAGAUUUUUCCAGAUUGCAAGGAAGUCCUGAAAGCCUGGAAGGAAACUGCCCUAGACAUGCGUGUUUUAAAAAUUCUUCACAGAAAAACUCUUCCUGUGGAUCAACAGAAAAUUCUUGUGAGCCAAGGACUAAUCUUAAUCACGAACAGUCUUUGGAAGAGAAAGUGCGGCUGGUGAGACAAGUGCAAGAGAAAGAAGAUCUGCUUCGAAGGCUCAAACUGGUCAAGAUGUACAGAUCUAAGAAUAACCUGUCUGAACUGCAGGCUUUGAUAGUGAAAUGGAGAAGUAGUACCCAGCUGAUGCUAUAUGAGCUACAGUCAGCCUUUUCUGCAGAUGGCAAGAAAGUAAGUCUCACUCAGCUGAUAGAUAAUUUUGGAUUAGAAGACAAGUUACUGCACUACAGCAGAACAGAAGAAGACUUUGUAGAAACAUAAACUGCAAGUGCAGAAUGUUCAAUUAUAAAUGUGCAUAAUUAGAAAAGACUGAAUAUAAACUUUGUGCAAGAAGUGUUAUUCAGACUAGCAGACUUCAUGCUUUGGGAGAUUUUCUCAUGAGGUAUUUGUAGGCACUGUAAAAGGCAUUAUUUUGUGGAAAAGAUUUAUUUCAUAUUGACUGUUUUGCAAAACCUGACUUGAACUCGAUCAAUGAGUAGUUUAAAAAUAAAAUCAAGUAAUAUUUUAA